GAACGAAAGGAGUAAAAGAAAAAGCGGUAUCUUAAAAACACGCUUUGUAUGCGAUUCUCCGGACUACAUAACCGCCGUCUGUCAUCAGUGUUCAGCACCGUAGGAGUGUCACAGACUGUGCUGCUGCAGUACGGAGGAGGAAGACCAUAGCCGCGGUGAUGGAAGCUCUCAUCUACGAGUUCUCGUUCCUCUCGGAUCAAGCUCUCCGCGACAAGAGAUUCGAUCCAUCCACCAUCGAAGACCUAAUGAAGCUCUUCGAGAUCGAGGCGUACAAGGCCUGGGCCGAUCUCGAGCUCCAGGGGGAGGAAGAGUUCCGGAAAGCGGAGGAUGAGUUGAUGGAAUCAGAGGAGUAUCUGGACUCGUUCAUGGACAACGCCAUGGAGGAAUUCCGGCGGUUCGAGGAGGAAAUGGAGAGAGAAGCUAUGGCGGAGUACGACAGUCUGGUUAGCAUCGCGGACGGCGCGCGGAGGUUGGGGAAGAAUCUGGAGAAGGCGGCGACGUUUGCUUCCAAAAAGUACAUCGAAGCUGCGGUCAAUUCCGCCACUGCUUCCAUGAAAUCCGCUUUCAAGGCGAUCUCCUCCAACUCCAAAAAGGUUCAUCCACAGUAGAUUCAGAGGUAGAAUUUAUCCUUUCUCACUGCUUCUUUGGUGAUAAUCGGAGCAGAGGUAUGAAGCUUUAAUUCCCCGAAUCCACAAUUUGAUUCUAUAGAUCCUGAUAAUGUAUUAAAUGUAUUUGAUCAUUUUCCUCGGAGAAUAAAAUCGAUACAAACUAUAAGAUCCUUAGUUGAAAAAUCAAAUUCGAACUGCAACAUCCUACCUUGAUCUGCAAUAUUUCAUAACCAAAUCAAGUGCCAGACAUAUUUUGCUAGAUUUAGUUCGGUCAUCUUCUAUGCUAUGCAAGUAAGUUUGUUGA